AUGCAAACAAAAAAACUGUACUACGACACCAACAAAUGCACAGCCACAGGCAAUCUGCUGGUUAUGUUUGUGGAAGUUGUUGACAGUUUGCCAUUGAUCCUGGCUCCAUCUUUGGACUUUCUAAUCCCUGUCUUGGCUCUGCUUUCUGCUCAGUCAGGGACUGCUGUGGCCUGCAGGGGGCAGUGCACUGAAGCAGAGGAGCCUGUGGCCCCAGCACACCCAAUAAGAGAGGUACUUCUGUCUGUGAUGGUGACGUGUGGUGUUUGUGCUGCAUUGGUGCACUGGGGACAUGUCCCUUUGAACUCUGUGACCCACAUGCUCUUGACAAAGAGAAACGCCACCUUCAUUCAGUCCAGGAACGGUCCACACUCACCUGACUUUGUCUUUCCUAAUGACUCUGUACCCUGGCUGGACUUCCCCCUUCCUACGCCAGCACUCCCCCUGCUGUCUGGAAAAAGCAUUGCAGCAGGAGUGGCAGGAGGCCUGUCUAGCAGCAUUAGCUCUCUGGCUGUGUACGUGGUGGCAGCUCGGCUCCUGAAGGCUCCUGUGCCCCCAGCACAUGCCUGUAACAGGGGCCUGUGUGUGGAUGGUCUAGGAAGUGUGCUCUCUGGCCUGAUGGGGGCGCCAGUAGGACUGUGCAGCAGUGUGCCUAAUGCAUGUGUUAUUGGGCUCAGCCAGUCUGGGUCCCGGAGCACAGUGCAGCUCGCUGGGGUGUUGUUGUUAAUUCUGGGUGUGUCUCCUCAAUUAGCUCAGAUGCUCUUCUCAGUCCCUCUGGCCAUCCAUGGUGCUGUGCUCGGCGUGACCUACACACUUGCCGUGGCAACAGGCAUAACUUACUUCCAACAUGCAGAUGUUGACUCUGGACGCAACAUUUUCAACAUCGGCUUCACAGUGUUCAUGUCAUUAGCACUGCCAAGCUGGUUCAGACUUCACUCUAGUUUUAUACAAACAGGUGUACACAGUGUUGAUGUUUUUCUCCAGUCUCUUUUAACCUUACCCGUUUUCUUUGUGGGGGUUUUGGCUUUUCUUCUAGAGCACACUGUUUCAGGGACUUUGCCUGAGAGGGGUCUUGUGCGACAUGAUUGCACAAAGAAGAUUCUGUCUCUCGCUGACCAGCAGCAGGGUUACAGCCAUAGUCCAAACGCGGUGUAUGACCCACCUCCACUUGUGAUGAAAGUGCUGGACCUGAGCGGCUUGAGAACUGUCCCAUUCUGUGCCUGCAGAAGCCCACCUGUUGAAGAGGUGGUAGUGACAGAGAUGUCUAGCCUAUUACCUGACAAGGAUGCUGGUGUUAGCAGUGGCUGA